GAACCAGGCUCCCUCCAGGGAGGCAGGCCAGGUUCUGGGAACCAGGCUCGGUCCAGGGAGGCAGGCUGGGUUCUGGGUAAGGACCCGCCCCUCUCCACCAGGCUCUCAGGCUCCCAGCUGGAGGUGACUUGGUGCCCCAGCUGAUGCCGUCUCCUCCUCCUUAGACUUAUCCCAGCAGACAUCCAGUGGGUGGGUGGCUUUGAAGCCUUUAUCCGUUUUUCUUGCCAGCCUAGGAAUUCUGUCCUGCGAGUCCUUUGGGUACCCACCCACAACUGUCUUUUGGGCCUCCCCACGUGCGGCUGGCGAGUGACAGGUUUAGGGACUUGAGCUGGGCAACAGACGCCCCCUAAUGGAUCCUCUCAACUCCCAGAGGCAGCUGCCUGUGCCCUGCUAGAACUUCAUGGCCACAGGCCCAGGCCCUGCUGGCAUUGCCAUGGGCAGCGUGGGCAGCCUGUUGGAGCGGCAGGACUUCUCCCCUGAAGAGCUCCGAGCGGCCCUCGCCGGAUCCCGGGGCUCCCGCCAGCCUGAUGGGCUCCUCCGGAAGGGAUUAGGCCAGCGUGAGCUCCUCAGCUACCUGCACCUCCCCAAGAAGGACGGCAAGACCACCAAGCGGGCGCCUCGGAACGAGCCUGCUGACUACGCCACGCUGUACUACCGGGAGCACCCACGGGCCGGGGACUUCAGCAAGACCUCGCUGCCGGAGCGGGGGCGCUUUGACAAGUGCCGCAUCCGCCCAUCGGUGUUCAAGCCUGCAGGGGCCCCCGGGAAAGGCUUCCUGUCCAUGCAGAGCCUGGCGGCCCACAAGGGCCAGAAACUGUGGCGCAGCAAUGGUAGUCUGCACACGCUGGCCUGCCACCCGCCCCUGAGCCCCGGGCCCCGCGCCAGCCAGGCCCGCGCGCAGCUGCUGCACGCCCUCAGCCUGGAUGAGGGGCGCCCGGAGCCCGAGCCCAGCCUGUCGGACUCCUCCAGUGGGGGCAGCUUUGGCUGCAGUCCUGGCACUGGGCCCAGCCCCUUCAGCUCCUCCCUGGGGCACAUUAACCACCUGGGGGGUUCCCUGGACCGGGCCCCAAGGAGCCCCAAGGAGGCCGGGCCUCUGGCCCUGCUGAGCUGCCUGCCUGAGCCACCACCGCCCUACGAGCUGUCCUGCCCCACUGCUGAGGAGGUGGUGGCCAUGCUGCCGGAGACCUGCGAGGCGCUCAAGAGGGACCUCGGUGACCCGGAGGGCGCCAGCCCCUUCACACAGGUGCUCGAGGAGCGCCAGCGGCUGUGGCUGUGCGAGCUGAAGCGCUUGUACGUGGAGCGGCUGCACGAGGUGGCGCAGAAGGCCGAGCGCAGCGAGCGCAGCCUGCAGCUGCAGCUGUUCAUGGCCCAGCAGGAGCAGCGGCGCCUGCGCAAGGAGCUGCGCGCUCAGCAGGGCCUGGGGCCCGAGCGGCCCCCGGGGUCCCUGCCGGAGGCCGACCCCAGCACCCGACCGGAGGAAGAAGCCCGAUGGGAGGUGUGCCAGAAGACGGCGGAGAUUAGCCUGUUGAAGCAGCAGCUGCGGGAGGCCCAGGCCGAGCUGGCGCAGAAGCUGGCUGAGAUCUUCAGUCUGAAGACGCAGCUGCGCGGUAGCCGGGCUCAGGCCCAGGCCCAAGACGUGGAGCUGGCCCGGUUGCGCGAGGCCGUGCGCAGCCUGCAGGAGCAGGCCCCUCGGGAGGAUGCCCCCGGUAGCUGCGAGACCGACGACUGCAAGAGCCGGGGACUGCGGGGAGAGGCGGGAGGCGGCGAGGGCGGGGACGGCGCCGAGCAGCUGCGGGCAGAGCUGCUGCAGGAGCGGCUCCGGGGCCAGGAGCAGGCGCUGCGCUUCGAGCAGGAGCGGCGGACUUGGCAGGAGGAGAAGGAGCGGGUGCUGCGCUACCAGCGGGAGAUCCAGGGGGGCUACAUGGACAUGUACCGCCGCAACCAGGCCCUGGAGCAGGAGCUGCGGACGCUGCGGGAGCCCCCCGCGCCCUGGAGUCCUCGGCUGGAGUCCUCCAAGAUCUGAGGCCAGGAGAGCGAGCUGACAGCAGACACUGUCAGGGUGCCCGGAGAGGGCUGGCUCCGUCCUGCCACUGGUGGGGCAGAAGCCAGCCCAGCGACGAGGGUCUGCAGGAGGAGGGCUGGAGAGGGUGCUGGCUGCAGGAGCCAGGGCAAAGCCCUCAGGGCAGAGGACCACCCUGGUGGGGCCGGUGCUGCUCCCUGCGGUGGGCGUGGCCCGGGAAGGAGGGCGGAGAAUGCAGAGCCCCGGGAUGCAGAAGGGCAGGUGAGGUUGGGAAGCCCCUGACCCGGGCUGAGGCCUUACUCGGUGGAAGGAGGCUCAGACCAGAGCACUGGCCUCCUGCAGAAUAAAAGUGCGUUUUCUAUGAGGA